AUGGCCACCCCAUAUCCCCCCAUGUCCACCCCAUAACUGCCCCAUAUCCACCCCAUAGUCACCCCAUAGCGACCCCAUAACUGCCCCAUAACCCCACAACCACCCCAUAAGCAGCACUACAGACAUGGCCUACAGCGCCCCCAAGCGGCCGGCGCCCUACAAGCUGCUGCCUCUCCUCCUCCUCCUCCUCGCCGUCCCCAUAAGGGCCGACCCCAUAGCAGCCCAUGCAGCUUUUUCCUACAGCGCCCCCAAGCGGCCGGCGCCCUACAAGCUGCUGCCUCUCCUCCUCCUCCUCCUCGCCGCCCCCAUAAGGGCCGACCCCAUAGCAACCGACCCCAUAGCAACCGACCCCAUAGCAACCGACCCCAUAGCAACCAACCCCAUAGCAACCAACCCCAUAGCAACCAACCCUAUAUCAGGCCAUGCUUAUUUUGCUUACAGCGCCCCCAAGCGGCCGGCGCCCUACAAGCUGCUGCCUCUCCUCCUCCUCCUCCUCGCCGCCCCCAUAAGGGCCGACCCCAUAGCAACCAACCCUAUAUCAGGCCAUAAGGCUUUCUCCUUCAGCGCCCCCAAGCGGCCGGCGCCCUACAAGCUGCUGCCUCUCCUCCUCCUCCUCCUCGCCGCCCCCAUAUGGGCCGACCCCAUAGCAACCGACCCCAUAGCAACCAACCCCAUAGCAACCAACCCCAUAGCAACCGACCCCAUAGCAACCAACCCCAUAGCAACCAACCCCAUAGCAACCAACCCUAUAUCAGGCCAUGCUUAUUUUGCUUACAGCGCCCCCAAGCGGCCGGCGCCCUACAAGUUGCUGCCUCUCCUCCUCCUCCUCCUCUCCGCCCCCAUACGGGCCGACCCCAUAGCGACCGACCCCAUCGCGACCGACCCCGGCCCGCUUUCACCGCACGCCGACUUCGCCUACAGCGCCCCCAACCGGCCGACGGUGCGCAUUGCAUCGGGUUCCAUCCGCGGCCUUUUGCUCCCCGCCGGCUCUUCGACGGCGGCCGCCUUUUUGGGGAUCCCUUUCGCCGUCCCCCCUUUGGGAUCCCUCCGUUUCCGCCCUCCUCUCCCCAUCCCCGAACCUUGGCCCGGGAUCCGCGAUGCCGAUUCUCAACCCUUCGCCUGUUACCAAAUCAUCGACACCACUUUCCCCGGUUUCCCCGGCUCCGAGAUGUGGAACCCGAAUCGCGAGAUGAGCGAAGAUUGCCUUUAUCUCAACGUCUGGACCCCAAAAAGGCGACCCUACAAAGCGCCCGUGAUGGUUUGGAUUUACGGCGGGGGUUUUUACAGCGGUUCCGUGUCUUUGGAUGUUUAUGACGGCCGUUUUCUUGCCGUGGCCGAAGGCGCCGUGGUCAUUUCUAUGAAUUACAGGGUGGGAUCUUUAGGGUUUUUGGCUUUGGGGCAUCGGGACGCGCCGGGCAACGUUGGCUUAUGGGAUCAACGCUUGGCUUUGCAAUGGAUCCGAAGCAACGCUGAGGUUUUUGGGGGGGAUCCCAAUUUGGUGACGCUGUUUGGUGAAAGCGCCGGCGCCGCUUCUGUAGGGUUUCACCUCCUUUCGCCCCAUAGCCAAGGUUUGUUCCGUAGGGCCGUCCUGCAAAGCGGUUCCCCUAAUGGGCCUUGGGCCAGCAUCGGGGCGGCCGAAGGGAGGAGGAGGGCGAUGCUUUUAGGGAGGGUUUUAGGAUGCGACGACGGCAACGAGACGGAAUUAUUGGGGUGUUUGAGGGGGAAGGAACCCCUGGAGCUUUUGGAAGGGGAAGGGAUGGUGAUGCCGCCCCAAAGCGUUUUUAGGUUCGCUUUCGUCCCCGUGGUGGAUGGGGAGUUUUUGGUCGAUAGCCCUGAUGCGGUGUUAGGGGGAGCCGGGGGGGGUUAUGGGGUGGAAGUUCUUUUGGGGGCCGUCAGGGACGAAGGUUCCUAUUUCUUAGUUUACGGGGUGCCAGGUUUCGGCAAGGAUAACGAAAGUUUGAUCAGCAGAGAAGAAUUUUUAGGGGGGGUCCGGAUGGGGGUCCCCCAAGCCAACGAUUUGGCAGCCGAGGCCGUGAUCCUUCAUUACACCGAUUGGUUGGACGCCGACAACCCCGUCAAGAACAGGGAGGCGUUGGAUGACAUCGUAGGGGAUCACAACGUCGUCUGCCCCCUGAUGGCCUUCGCUCAACGUUGGGCCCGGAAGGGGGGCAAAGUUUUCGCUUAUCUUUUCGAUCAUCGUGCGUCGACGUUGUUGUGGCCGUCGUGGAUGGGGGUCCCGCAUGGUUAUGAGAUUGAAUUCGUUUUCGGUCAACCUUUGGAUCCUAAAAAGAAUUAUACCAGGGAGGAGGUGGAGCUGAGCAGGAGGAUCAUGCGCUAUUGGGGGAACUUCGCCCGAACUGGUGACCCUAACGGGGGGGUCGGGGGUCCCGUCUGGCCUCCCUACACGCCGUCGGGUCAGCGCUACGCCCACCUCAACGCCCGACCCCUGGCUGUGGGGCAGGGAUUGAGGACCCAAAUCUGCGCCUUCUGGACCCGAUUCCUGCCCAAGCUGCUCAACGCCACCGGUCCUCCGGAGGACGCGGAACGCGAAUGGCGGCUGGAGUUUCACCGCUGGAGUUCCUACAUGGGCCGCUGGAGGACUCAGUUCGAGCACUACAGCCGCCAGCAGCCCUGCGCCACGCUGUGACGCACCGUCACCAACACACAGGGGGUCCCCGACACGCGGAGCUGUCACCAAGAAUGUCACCAACACCCAGAGAUGUCACCAAUAAUGUCACCAACACCCAUAGAUGUC